AAGCGCGUCGUCGACAAUCUGGACCUGAAGGUGAAGCCGGGCGAGCUCUACGCCUUGCUGGGCCCGAACGGCGCCGGCAAGACGACGACGCUCCGCAUGGCCGUCGGCCUGACCCGGCCGGAAGAAGGCUCGGUCCAUAUCUUCGGGGUCGACGCGCUGGCCGAU